AUGUCGACCUCAGGCCCUGGGAUAGAAGUUUGGCCUGCUUCGGCUCUCGCGGCCCUGAGUGUUGAUGUCGUCACGCAUCCCAUUGACACUCUCAUCACCCGCAUGCAGUCCCCGACAUAUGCAUCACAAUACAAGACGAGUAAUGUCCUCUUUCGUGGGCUCUAUCAGGGCUUCGGGCCCACGCUCAUCACCGGGAUCCCCGCGUCGGCCGCCUUCUGGGUGGUCUACGAGCAGCUCAAGGCCGGAUUCGAGUGGGCGCACAGAGCUGGCCAUCUUCGCGAUGUCCCGCAGCCUCUGAUCCACGUCGCCAGCAGUGCAAUCGGGGAGAUUGUGUCGUGUGCCAUAAUGAAUCCAGCCGAGGUGCUCAAACAGAAUGCUCAGGUUUCCACGGCUGGGCUGUCGAGGGAGAAGUCGUCUGCGCUCGGGGGCCAUACUAUGACUGUGAUAAAGCGCUUCGCCGCACACCCGACGAAGCUGUGGACGGGAUAUUCGAUGAUGGUAGCGGCACAUCUACCAGGUAUUUGCAUAACCAUGGGUACCUACGAAUAUCUGAAAUCGACAUGGCUAGAGAGACUGCGUGAGAAGGACCCGGAGGCGGCGAGCAGCAUCACGGGGCAGGUCAAGGUCGCCGCGAUGAGCGCAGGCGUGGCGGCUGGGUGCACAUCUGCUCUUCUGGUGCCCAUAGAUGUGAUCAAGACCAGGAUGCGGCUAUCAGUCAGUGGAGGUGGUGCUACUACAGCACCGAGCACAAACCAUCUGGAGGCACAAAGGGUGUGGCAGACUCCGUCACGCAUCAACUUCUUGAGUGUCGCUAGGGAAACGUUGCGAGUGGAUGGCAUGCGAGGUCUGUUCAGGGGAGCCGUGCUGACCUUCUUGACGGCAACCGUUGGAGGCGCCAUGUAUAUUGGCUGCUAUGAAGGGAGCAAGCUCUAUUUCAGACGAGCUCUGCGGGGAUCAGAUGGGGAAAACGAUGAUAUUGACAGCAACAAUUUGGUAGAUCACGACCGGAUUUUAUGA